AUGUGUUCCUGCGACGGAAUCACGAUGAGCGCGAACGGAAGGUAACAUCAGAUAAUAAUGAGAUAAUGGAAUUUUUCUGUCUCAAAGUUUGGCCGUUAACCAUAUUUUCUCUGGAUCUUCCCGAUCGGCACAGGAAUCGCAUAGAAAAUGUUAAACUGGCAGCUGUGUACGUUUCCAAGUACGAACCGACGGCACCAGUUCAUGAUUCAAUUUUCGAGCACGUCUGCGCCGCAUUGCAAAAAGACGUCGUUUGGAAAGAUUCAACGCGGCGAGUAAUUUUUCAGGAUUUCUCAGAAAAUCAUUUAAUUUAGAUUGAGCAGCUCCAAGCCAAGCUUCUGAACAGACGACACAUUGUGGACCCGGUAAGUGAACAUUUGAGGCAAUUUUAAGACACGUGUUUUCUAGAAGCAACUGUACGCGACUAUCGAUCGAAGAGAGAUUAGAUAG